GUUUGUCUCAUCGAACGUAGCGGGCCUUGCUUACUGUGCCAUUAGCAAAUGGAUCUGAAAUGAAUUUUCUUGUGAGAGCAAUUACACACUGCACCUACCCAACUAACCAACCAUAGAAAAGUAAUGACGAGCAGAACGCAAAAGAAAAGAAAUAGCAAGGAAUUGAAAGAAGAGGAGAUUUCUCAGUAAUAGCACUCACUCAAGUCAUACUUGGAAAAUGAAGUCUUCAACUUCUCCUGCUCCAUCUUCUUCUUCUUAUUUGUUUAGGGUGCACCCUUUGCAGAUAGUGUAGUUUGUUAAUUGAAGAUUGCAAAACCCUUUUUUUGUGAUGGAAGUGAAACCCAUAGCUCUGAAAUUGUUAGUCCUUACUGUAGCUUUUCUGGCUCUUCUUCUUGGACUUUCCUCUAGUGCAGCACUUAAUGAGACUUGCGGUUCGCUCAAUCGAGAUACUGAAGCACCAUGCCCAACUAGUUGGGUUAUAGAUCCUAAUAAGACCAAGUGUUUUCUCCAUGUUGGGAGGCCUCAAUCUUGGAAUGAUUCAGAGACCUGUUGCAAUAAGUAUGGUGGCCAUUUAGCAUCACUGGUAUCGGUUCAGGAGCUACAAUUUGCUCAGAGUCUAUGCGGUGAAUAUAUAAAUAGUUGCUGGAUUGGUGGAAGAAAUCUCAAUUCUACAUCUGGUUACCAAUGGAUGUGGUCUGACAAUUCUCAAUGGAAUCAGUCCCUUUUUCCCUUGACUGAUGUUCCAACCAACUGUAAACCAUCUUGUCGUGUGAAUAGAACGAACGAUUUGUGUGCAUUAAUGACUAACAACUCAAAAUCUCUCUUGAGUGAGAGAUGUGAUAAUCCUUAUUCUUUUGUAUGUGUACUUGAUAUAGGUAGGAAAUGUAACCAUAUGCAUUGCCACAGGGAAUACCUUAUCAUCCUUUCAGUUGUGAGUGCAUUGAUACUCUCGAUAACAUUAGCCGUGGUGGUUUGGCUCCUUGUAUAUAAACAGGGCAAGAAAAGAAGGCGGUCUAGAAAGCUAUCUGACCCAGCAGCUUCUCUUCCAUCAUGGAAAGUUUUUACCAAAGAUGAAUUAAGGUCUAUUACAAAGAAUUUCAGUGAAGGUAACCGUCUUGUUGGGGAUGCCAAGACAGGUGGUACAUACAGUGGGGUCCUACCAGAUGGCUCAAAGGUUGCAGUUAAGAGAUUAAAGAGGUCAAGCUUCCAACGUAAAAAGGAAUUCUAUUCAGAGAUUGGCAGAGUUGCAAGGCUCCACCAUUCAAAUCUAGUAGCUGUGAUGGGGUGCUGCUAUGAUCAUGGUGAUCGAUAUAUUGUUUAUGAGUUUGUAGCUAAUGGGCCCUUAGAUAAAUGGCUACAUCACAUACCAAGAGGUGGCCGUAGCUUAGACUGGGCUAUGAGGAUGAAAAUUGCCACGACGCUUGCGCAAGGGAUUGCGUUUUUGCAUGACAAGGUUAAGCCACAAGUUGUGCAUCGAGAUAUACGAGCUAGUAAUGUACUGCUAGACGAGGAGUUCGGAGCACACCUAAUGGGAGUUGGCCUAUCAAAGUUUGUACCAUAUGAAGCAAUGCAUGAGCGGGAGCGGACCGUGAUGGCAGGGGGAACACACGGAUAUCUUGCUCCAGAGUUCGUGUAUCGAAACGAGCUAACAACAAAGAGUGAUGUCUAUAGUUUUGGUGUCCUACUACUCGAAAUAGUCACCGGGCGCCGACCUGCACAACCAGUUGAUUCCAUGGGUUGGCAGAGUAUAUUUGAAUGGGCGACGCCCCUCGUGCAAGCAAAUCGCUACCCUGAACUCUUGGAUCCUCAUAUAUCAUCAUCAUCUUCAAGUAUCAUUCCAGAGGCUAGCACCAUUCAGAAGGUGGUGGACCUUGUCUAUUCUUGCACACAGCAUGUCCCAUCUAUGCGCCCGAGAAUGUCUCACGUUGUUCUUCAGUUACAACAGUUCUCCCAACCACCUGCAAAGUAAAGCUAACCUAGUAAUUUUCGAACGCAAACGGAGUAUUUACAUUUUUGUAUGUAUUUUAAAGCUCCCUAAAGCUGGAAUUAGCUUAGCUAAAUUAUUAACAGGGACCUAAUGUCAGAUUAGGUGAAUUCUUCAGGACCUGUAUAUGUACAUGUAGUGUAGCUGUGUAGGUGUGUUACUAGCGAUGUAUUUAUGCUACCUUUUUCUCAUUCCUAUCAAAUUACAAUCAUGGCCCACUAAUAUGAAACUGGAAAACAAUUUUAUUU